GAUGACUUUAAAUCGACUGAUGCACUCCAACACUUGCAGUGAUCACUCAUUAAUCAGUAUCCUCCCUCAUCCUGUGCACCUAUUGGCAAAAGAAGCUACAAGGAGAUGGGAAAAGAUGGAAAGAAGAUGAGGCAGGUGGAGAAAAUGAGAGGUAAUAGGUAUGUCGGCACUGGAGCAGAGAAAGAGUUGGCAGAAGUAAUUGAGCUAGUUCCGGUCAAGGUUGCGCAGAGAACAGAUUUGCUGGACUUGGCGCAUUCUGAUCAUAAACUAAAUUCACUUUGCUUUCAUGCAAGCAUUGAUCUCUGAAGAGGAAUAUUACUCGUGGGAUGACUUGACUUUCAAAUUGGCAGAUUCUCAAGAAAAAGAAGCUAAUAUGCAGAGAAGCAUGGCAAUGAACAUAAAAGAGGGAGGACUCUAGAGACUAAGCAUCUGAACUCUUAGUGACAGCAACAUUGAUGUUUAGUUACCCGAGGUAUGAAUCCAUUCAUAUUAGUAACUUCUGUUAGUUCAGUUGACUAAAGAACAGAUGCAUUACUUUGCAACCUCACAAAACUUUAUUUUCUGGACCUCUUUAGUAAUCAGCAACUGCAAUGCCAACUCUCCUUUUUCCUCAAACAAGCCAAACAGCUGCAUGUAACUCCUAUUCUAACAGUGGGUACAGAACUCUUCAGCUGUUCAUGAAGGAUAUCCAGGUACCUGGUGUCAUUGUAACUCCUCUCCAUAACCAGGAAGCGCCUUUCCGAGCACUCAACCUUGUUCAAUGGGCGGGCGAUAAUGCGCUUUCCGCUGAAGCACCACCAGAUUCGGCAGCCCGAGGCCCAACCGGAAGCAGCGGAGUACUGGCUGGUGAACGUGACGGUGCAGCGGAGCCCGUGGCCGGUGUGGGUGAUGGCGUCCACAGGUUGGAGAGUCGAGAACCUGGUGGCGGUGGUGCUGCGGCUCUACGCCAAGGAAGGCAGGUGGCCGCUGCUGCUUUCGGCUUCACUACUCUCGGUUCAGCCUCGAAUGUUUGGAUCUGAAAGAAAUGCUGAUUGAUGUGGGCUCGAGGAACUUCUUCCUCUGCCUCAAUCCUGCUCCCGCUUCAGAAACAUCAGCAGCACCAGCAAAAUUCUGAGAAGACCUCAUCUUGGCUACGUUUCACCAACUGCUGGCGACGACGGUACGCAUGAUCGAUGACCUUCGACCGUUCUACUCUCAUCAUCGUUCUGCAUGUGCUCCUUGCUCGCAAUACACUCAGAAGCCAUUCGAGUACUGCAUCUGCUUCCAUUACUCGGGUCUCAAUUUCUACUCCUCGUUCGUUUGAUGAGCUCCUCUGAAUCGAACUCAUCCUUUCUAGUGAACUGACAUCCACACAUCACGAUAGGACGAUGAACAUUAUUCCUAUCAGCCCUUCCCAACCCCAAAGAGCUGAGAGCACAUAUUGCAAGGAUGGCUCAGCUCAACCGGUGGUGACACCUCAACGGAGCCGUCAGACCCUCCUCCUACAAUAAAUUACCUGCGACAGCGUGGGAUGCACAGAAUUCGCAUGUUCUCGCCGCCGCCGCCGUCGCUUCAAUUAUUGGGCAUACAGGCCGUUCAUCUCCGCUCGGACCCGCCAUGCUACGUUGACUUGACUGACCUCUCAUGUUCUUCGCCGAGCAAGCAGGAUCUGGUGGAGGCGGAGUGCCGGAGGUGGUCGAGCAAGGGGGUGAACAUCAAGUACGAGAUCAGGGACAACCGGAGCGGCUACAAGGCUGGCGCGCUCAAGGAGGGCAUGAAACACAGCUACGUCAAUCACUGCGACUACGUCGCCAUCUUCGACGCCGACUUCCAGCCCGAGCCCGACUUCCUCUGCCGCACCGUCCCCUUCCUCCUCCACAACCCCGCCGUCGGCCUCGUCCAAGCCCGCUGGAAAUUCGUGAAUUCGGACGAAUGUUUGAUGGCGAGGAUGCAGGAGAUGUCACUGGAUUACCACUUCACAGUGGAGCAGGAAGUCGGAUCCUCUACAUACGCCUUCUUCGGCUUCAAUGGGACUGCCGGAGUGUGGCGGAUUGCUGCUCUCAAUGAAGCUGGAGGUUGGAAGGACCGGACCACGGUAGAGGACAUGGAUUUGGCUGUUCGAGCGAGCCUCAAGGGUUGGAAGUUUGUCUUCCUUGGAGAUCUCAAGGUCAAGAAUGAGCUGCCGAGCACUCUCAGGGCGUACCGGUAUCAGCAACACAGGUGGUCUUGUGGCCCAGCAAACCUAUUCAGAAAGAUGGCGAUGGAAAUUGCUAAUAACAAGAAAGUGAGUCUGUGGAAGAAAGUACAUGUGAUCUACAGUUUCUUCUUUGUUCGUAAGGUGGUAGCUCACAUUGUGACCUUUGUAUUCUACUGCGUGGUUAUCCCUGCCGCUGUCCUGGUUCCUGAGGUGGAAAUACCCAGGUGGGGUGCGAUCUACAUCCCUUCCAUCAUCACCCUUCUCAAUGCAGUCGGAACUCCACGGUCUCUUCACUUGCUGGUGUUUUGGAUCCUCUUCGAGAACGUCAUGUCGCUGCACAGGACAAAAGCCACCCUUAUUGGCCUGUUGGAAGCAGGAAGAGUGAACGAGUGGGUGGUCACAGAGAAGCUAGGAGACACUGUGAAGGCCAAAAUGGCGGUCAAGGCCGCGAGGAAGCCACCGAUUAGGAUUGGCGAUAGAUUACAUCUACUGGAGCUUUGGACAGGCGCUUACCUCUUCUUCUGUGGGUGCUACGAUGUGGCCUUUGGGAAGAACCAUUACUUCCUCUACCUCUUCCUCCAAGCAAUUGCUUUCUUUGUAGUAGGAUUUGGUUACGUCGGCACGUUCGUCCCCGGUUAUUGA